AUGUCCUUGGAAACUUUACGAGCCCAGAACCGGCUCAUCGAAGAGUAUGUAAUGCGGUUAGUCCGUCAGCGAGACGAGCUGAAGCAGGUUACAAAGCUUGCAGAGGAGCGUGACUCGUAUUUCAUUCUGGGGCUCCAUGGCCCGUCUGUCAGCGAAGAUGAGGUGAAAAAGGCCUAUCGGAACCUGGCCAGGAAGGAACACCCCGACAAGGCUGGCAUUGGCAACAAAAAGCGCUUCCAAGCGAUUCAGCAAGCUUAUACCUCGAUUCUCAAACAGAGGCAGCUUGGUGGACCGGCCGUUGCAGAGGAUGUCACAGAAGAGGUGCCGAAGGAGGUUGAGUCUUCCAUCCUGAGAGAGUCUUACAAGUACGGCAGCGAGGCACAACAAGCAGCUGAAUGGGUGGCAUUGGGAGCACAUCGAGUUAUGCGUGUUUGGGAAGAUUCUGAGGGGAAGCGCCGCUCCUUGCGCAGUCUGCGGGAACUCACGCGCCAAAGCACUGUAGAACUACGAGGCCUUGGGCAGCAGCUGCGAUUGCUGGGCCGUGCCACAGACGCUACAGUGCGCUGUGCGGAGGCAUUCCUGAGCGACAACAGCGACAUCGCGGAAACUUUGAGCACUGGGAUGGCUCUCCGUGAUCGAUGUGCUAUUGUGGAAGAUGCAGGCCGUGCUUGCGCCACUUCAGCUGAGCUUUUGGAGAGGAUCACAGAGGCAACUGAGGCAACGCUGAAGAAGGUUGAGACAGCUUCACCAGAAGCUAGUGAAGUGGCAGCCUAUGGCAAUCAUCUGAGCUAUGAUCAAGAAGGGCAACGACUUACAACGCCUGGGAACGCGACUGUUGACUGAGAGUCUGGACCUCAGAGUCCUGCUGUUGAGCAAAAAGCAAAGACCGACCUAUCAAAAGGUUUUGGCCAUCCCUUUUCGAUCUUGUAAUAUUCCUUUCAAUAGCGUCCUUUUGUAGGAACAAGAAGCUACUAGGAGCAAAGGGCAUCGCUACUAGGAACAAGGACGCUACUAGGGGCUCCUGGCCUUACUACUAGUAACUAGUAGCAAGAAGCCAUUAGAAACAACAUCGUCCUCUUUUUCCUUCUUUGAUUUGUGAAAGCACAUGUUUGAGGCUCCAAGGCUUCAGGCCGAGGCUUCACACAUCGCUUGGCCCGAAGCUUUUCGGUGGCCCGCCGCACUGCGGAGGAGGCCAUUUCAUCAGCCAGUAAGGUGCGAACCUCUUUUUGUCAGAAGAAGAUAGACAAUAAGCAACUAUUAACUAUAUAGAAUUAACUAAAGGCAUCAAGGCAUCAAAUAAACCUUGGGUUCAGCAUUCAACAUUGAAUGAAUCUUGUGGUUUCUCCCGGUCUUAGCUGCCUGGUUACUUACGUUUUGUGCGAUCGAACCUUGCGUUUUAAAACUCACGUUUCCAGCCGUACGUUCCCACGUUUUGGAGCUCAGAUGCGUUUUUGGAACUUCCUCAUGCGUAAACAGAACAAGGCCAUUGAAGACAGAAACAUCCCAAAUGCAUUUUCAAGAACCAGAAAAAUGCAUCCAGUAGCACCCCAUACCCAAAUGCAUUUCCAAGAGUGAGAGAAAAGCGUCCAGCAGUAGCCCAUAGCUUCUGUAUUGAAAGACGAACAUAUUUCCGCAAAGUGGACCUCCAGACCACACAGAUGCAUUUACCCGAGGACAGUAAAUGCAUAUAGGUAUUUGGAUGGGGCCUGGAUUUUGGGAGGGGGGCUGCACGUUUUGGAUUACAGACGUGCGGAACCUUACGUUUUGCGUUUUGCGUACCGGGGCGCCUAAGCUCCCGGUGUCUCAUGGUUUGGCUGCAGACCUUGGACCUUCACAAGGGCUUAAUGAUGUUGGAUGCUGA